AUGUUCCUCAACAUCCUCACUAUCGCAACCCUCCUCUCAUCAAAGCUCUUAGUCGUAGCCCAAUCAUCCCCAGAGGAAACAUUUCCACCACUAGGUGACUUUUACCCGUGGGACAUAACCCACUGGUGGGGAAAAUUUGAUCCAAACCUCCCAUACGGCGACGCCUGUAUCUUCACAUUCAACGUCACCGGCGCCGACACACCCGGGGACCCUCACAUCCCGAAAUUCGAGGCCCAUUGCGACUCCAACGGUAACUGGAUCUCCCUCGAGGGGAACACGUUCUGGCCAUGCGACAUCCUCGAUCAGAUCACGCCGACCGACGAGCGGAGUCUUGUAGCGACGUUGAAACCCGGGCGCGCGCGCUCGGAGGACGCGACACUUUGGAUUAG